GCGCGCAGCGGCCCAGGCACCGAUCUGGUAUAUCAUAAAUUGCUCUAAAAUGGCUGGGCCUUUAUCUGAGUAAGUCACUGAAGCCAUCACAGAAGCUCUGUGUCCAGGAGCAUUUGGCAUUAGUAUCUGAGAUUAAUUAACCCAGGAGGUCAAAAUGAUCCUCAAUUCUUCCACUGAAGAUGGUAUUAAAAGAAUCCAAGAUGACUGUCCCAAAUCUGGACGGCACAAUUACAUAUUUGUCAUGAUCCCUACUUUAUAUAGCAUCAUCUUUGUGGUGGGAAUAUUUGGAAACAGCUUGGUGGUGAUUGUCAUUUACUUUUACAUGAAAGUGAAGACUGUGGCCAGUGUUUUUCUUUUGAAUUUGGCACUGGCUGACUUAUGCUUUUUACUGACUUUGCCACUGUGGGCCGUCUACACUGCUAUGGAAUACCGUUGGCCCUUUGGCAAUUACCUAUGUAAGAUCGCUUCAGCCAGUAUCAGUUUCAACCUUUAUGCCAGUGUGUUUCUACUCACAUGUCUAAGCAUUGAUCGCUACCUGGCUAUUGUUCAUCCAAUGAAGUCCCGCCUUCGGCGCACAAUGCUUGUGGCCAAAGUCACCUGCAUCACUAUUUGGCUGCUGGCUGCCUUGACCAGUUUGCCAACUAUAAUCCACCGAAAUGCAUUUUUCAUUGAAAACACCAAUAUCACAGUUUGUGCUUUCCAUUACGAAUUCAAAAAUUCAACCCUCCCCGUAGGGCUGGGCCUAACCAAGAAUAUACUGGGUUUCUUGCUUCCUUUUCUGGUCAUUCUUACAAGUUAUACUCUUAUUUGGAAAGCCCUAAAGAAGGCGUAUGAAAUUCAGAAGAACAAGCCAAGAAAUGAUGAUAUUUUCAAGAUAAUUAUGGCAAUUGUGCUUUCCUUUUUCUUCUCGUGGGUUCCCCAUCAAAUAUUCACUUUCUUGGAUGUUCUGAUUCAUCUGGGCAUCAUACAUGACUGUAAAAUCAUAGAUAUUGUCGACACCGCCAUGCCCAUCACUAUUUGCAUAGCUUAUUUUAACAAUUGCCUUAAUCCUCUCUUCUAUGGCUUUCUUGGGGAAAAAUUUAAAAAAUAUUUUCUCCAGCUUCUGAAAUACAUGCCCCCAAAGGCCAACUCCCACUCAAGUCUAUCCACAAAAAUGAGCAUGCUUUCCUACCGCCCCUCUGAUAAUGGAAACUCCUCCACCAAGAAGCCUGCCCUGUGUGUUGAGGUUGAGUAACACACUUGAAACCUGUCUGUGACGUAAUCUUGUGGAAAAAGGAGCAAGAGAAGCAUUCCUCUACAGCACUUCUCUACCAAAUAAGCAUCAGCUACUUUUCAGAAACUUAAGAAGAAAGUGAAUUACGUGGACUGAAUUGACUUUUCUAAAGCUCUGAACAAAAAUUUUCCUUUGCAACAAAAUGAAGCAAAGCCAUGUUUGUCACAUUUUGCAUAAGAUAGAUGAUGGCUGCUCAAAGGCCAAUGUCAGAAACUGGAUAACUGCAUUGAUUUGGAAACAUUUUACUGGUGGAAAUGCCAUCUCCCCAAUCUGCUCUUGUUCUGUUAUUUUUUAUUUCUACAUAAAGGGUUCUGUUAGUUUUUAUUUCCACUUAACGGUGUUUAGAAUAUGUUAAACUUUUAGAAGAGCAGCAGGAGAUCAGAGCUCAAACUUGCUCUCCCCAGUGUCCAAAGGGCAGUAAAGUUUUUGUGCUUAGCCAUUAGCAACUGUGGUUCACUUGUACCUGUUAUCACACGUCACAUUUACUACAAAGACUUGCUAAGCAGUGGUUGUAAAGUUUUAGAAACUUGUGAAAUU